UUACAACUCGCAUGUCAAGUCGUCGUUUGCGUGUCGCAUGUGUUAUUUCUAUUUUGUCGAGUGUGAAGUGUCCAUCGUGUCGCAGAUUGAGUUAAGUUCUCCUCCUACAGCUUACCCCCUAGUGCGUCGAAAGCCAUAGCGUCGCGAAUACUUCAUCAAUCAACGUGAUUCAAAUUGGGAACGGUAGCUGAGAUCAAGAGCUACAACAUAUCCAAGUUUCGCGACAUUCCAACGGCUAGUGUUUUGUCGACGUCGUUUCUUGUAAAGACGACUUUUCUGUCCAGAAUUUCGGAUUUAUAUUUUGAAGGUAGAGGCCGAGGUGACUAUAAUGAGGGGCAUGGGAGCUCUAGUGGCAGGGGGAGUACCAGAAUGGAGGGCACGUGCUGGUACUGCAAGAAGGUCGGGCAUCCUUGGUUCAAGUGCUUCAGCAGGCUGGAGGGAUGGGCACCUCCAGGCAUGAAGCCGCCCAGUGCAGCGUCAGGUGCUUUGCUCCCCGUUAUUGGUGUUGGGAAUGCCAAGGUUAAGGGAGCUAAUGGGGAGCUUGUGGGGCUUGGGAAUGUUCUGCUGGUUGAAGGCUUGUCUGCUAACCUUCUCUCUGUGCAACGACUGCAGAAGAGCAAGGCCGAAGUGACCUUUGGACCAACCAGCUGCCGUGCUAAGCCUGGGAAGAAGUGGUAUGGGAGUGCUCCAGCUGUGAACAUGCUGAGGGCAUUUGGGUGCAUGGUGGUGUUUCAUGUGCCUAAGGAGAAAAGGGGGAAGUUGGAGGCUUCUGGAAGAUGGGGUGUGCACUUGGGGAUUGCAAAGGAUCACAAGGGGUGGCUGCUAUGGGACCUGACCACCCAGAAGUUGACAGUGUCAAGGGAUGUGAAGUUUCUUGAGUCCCUGUACUACAAGGAAUGGAAGCAGCAGCAACAGAAGCUUCCAUCUACACCGCUCAUUGUGGAGGCAGAUGAGCGUCCUAGGAGGGAUGUGCGCCCUCCAGUGAGGCUGACCUAUGGGGGAAGAGGCAAGCCAAAUGUGGUGCAGGCUGGGAGUGUGGUUGAGCAGAUUGAGGAAGAUGAGAUCGCUCACUGCUACUGGGCACCAAUCCCUGAGCCCAAGACUCGAGAGGAGGCCUUGAAUGGACCAAAUGGGGAGAAGUGGAAGGCGAGUGAGGAUGAGGAGUUCGGGUCCCUGAUUGAAAACGAGACAUGGGACCUGUGUGACUUGCCUCCUGGAAAGAAGGCAAUCACUUCCAAGAUGAUCUACAGGCACAAGUAUGGACCUGAAGGGGAGCUGACCCGCUACAAGUCUAGGCUUGUGGCACGGGGGUUUCAGCAGACAAAGGGGAAGGACUAUGAUGAGGUGUUUGCUCCUGUGGGGAAAGGAACAACACUGAGGGUGCUGUUAGCGAUAGCUGCACUCCUGGGAUGGAAGAUACGGCAGAUGGACAUUGUGACAAUGAGUCCGCUGUGAAGCUCGCCAAGAAUGCUUGUCUGCAUGGGCUGACAAAACACAUAAGGCCUAAGUGGCAUUGGCGUCGCGAAUACUUCAUCAAUCAACGUGAUUCAAAUUGGGAACGGUAGCUGAGAUCAAGAGCUACAACAUAUCCAAGUUUCGCGACAUUCCAACGGCUAGUGUUUUGUCGACGUCGUUUCUUGUAAAGACGACUUUUCUGUCCAGAAUUUCGGAUUUAUAUUUUGAGUAAUUCUAGCUCCUAAGUUCACCUAGACUCUG